AUGGAUGUGUUCGGCACCUUGGUCAAUGCCACCACUUUGGUGGGCCAGAUUAUCAUCGUCUAUCGCCACAUUGCCGCGAUGCAGUCCUUUGGCGCGGUAGCCGAGGCUCUUACUGCAAAAAUAUCGUUCGAGUACUUUCGCUUUGAGACCUGGGCGGAGCAAAGCGGUUACCUUGAAAUCGAGGAUAGGUCAGAGCCAGCAAGCACCGCUUCAGCGCAGACAACCCACCAGGCUAGCUCUAGAUCCCACUACCUGCUCCAGACCGCGGCGAAAGCUCACGAGAUCGUAGCGCAGAUUCAGACAGUCCUGGCUGAGAUCCGGGAACUCCUAGAGAAGAACCGGAUAGCUGACAAGCUUGAUGAGCCGGUCGGCGCGGGUGCCACGCAGCCAAACCUCCCUACCCAGCAGGCCAUCCCGCUGCCCGCAACGCGACAGCACAAGUUCUCCCUCCCUACUUCCGUGAGUUUUAAGCCCGGCGUAGAGCAGGCUGCUGCUGCGUCGAGUAGGCUCAAGCUCCGUCUGGGCAAGGAAACAGGAAAGCUCCGUAAAUUGCGCUUCGGUUGGAGCCUAUUCAGUGAGGAUAGCGACAUGGCAAAGCUAGAAGACUUGGUUCAACAACUGAGGUAUUGGAACGAUGGCCUACGCGAUAUUUUGCCGCUGCAGCACCAGCAAGCUCACAGCAUGAUGACGCAAGUGAGGGUAUUGGGCCACUUAAAUGAUCAAAAGGAGUUGGAGAGUGUUGGAAAGGCAUCACGUAGCAUUAGUGGUAGCAUCUACCAGGACAUUUACGUGUGCUGCGGUAUGAAGAGGGAAAAACUAGAAACAGGACCAGAAUUCGACAGAGACAUCGGACCGGUCGCUGCGCCGUUGGAUUUAUUCCGGUUACCACAGCUCGGAGAGAACACACCUGCUUCUGUCGACUAUCGCCAAGAUUCCAACGCCGAGGCCUACCGCGUGGUGGUCGAGAUUGUUGAUUUCAGCACAAUCGCGAACCAAGACACGCUGGAGCUUCUCAACGCUCGUAUAAGUCGACUCAGCUAUCUCCUUAAGGACGCGGCUCGCCCAAGUGAUCUCUACCUGCCCAUGUGUGAAGGCUACGUCCGGGUAACUAGCUCCAAGUUCUUCAUCCUCUACCGGCCACCCGAUGAAGCCGACCCGAUAAAACAACCGCGGACUCUCCUUUGCCUGCUUCCUCGCCACCCGAACGCACCGAAACGGCCGCAUAGGAUACCCAUCCUGCCCUCCUUGGAAGAGAGGUACAAUCUCGCCAAGCUUUUAGCGGAAGGCCUUCUAAGACUUCACAGCAUCAGCUGGCUGCACAAAUGCUUCAAUAGCAAUAAUAUCCUCUUCUUUCAUGGCCCGGACGGGCUUAUGGUAUCGCACCCAGUCCUGGUCGGGUUCGGUCUGGGGAGGACGUCGGACAAGUCCUCAGAAACGAUUGAUGUGCGACAAGUCGGGAGCCAGUUCGAUCUCUACCAACACCCGGAGCUCCGCACUGACACGCACAAACGCUACGAAAAACGUCAUGACAUUUACUCUCUCGGGCUAGUCCUCUUCGAAAUCGGCAUGUGGCAGAGCAUUUACUACUUUAAACAGGAGAAUCAAGACGCUCAGGAGUUUAGACGUGCCAUAAGAAAUGCUUGUGAAGGCUACCUGGCGCACUUCAUGGGCAAGGCGUAUCAGCGCGCCGUCCUGCAGUGCAUAGAUGAAGACGAGAUGUGGAAGGAGGCUGAGGAUGAAGGCGAUGAGCCGUCGAAUGUUCACGAGGUAUUCUUUUGGAAAGUUGCGCGGGAGUUGGGGAGCGUGUCGUAA